AUUCUCUUCGCUGCCCCUCAGGGCGCGUACCUUGGAGGUUCGAGGGGAGCGUCCGGCAGGUGGCGGGGUGGCGGGGCCGAGGGCGCGCAGGUGUGGGGGACCCCCUCCACCAAGGCUGCUGGGGGAGCUGCCCUCGGUCUGCCUUCCCGAGCCGGUUUUGCGUGUGAAGUGGUGGUAUGGACCGUGCCUCCCCGGGCGCGCGUCCCGUUUCCCGGAAGCGCCGGUGUCCGCGGCGGGCGGGCGUGGUGCGGGUGGCCUCGCAGCAGCGGGCGCGCCUCCCGAGGAGGUGGGCGCGCAGGUUGUCGCUGUUUCACGCGGGCCCAGAGCUUCUCGGGCAGCUGGCCGAAUGGGCCCCACUCCCGCUCUAGAGCCUGCAGAGGAGGGGCUGCGGUCGGGAUUAUUGAGCAGAGGGGACUACAGCCAAAGCCUUUUCUCCCGUGGUGAGAAAAUGAAGCUGAGCUGCCUUCACCUUACUUUGAAAAGGGAGUGGGUUCUUAGGCUUUUUGUGCGUGUUGCCACAUGCGAUCUUGUGGGCAAAGACCUGCCUGUUUAACUGAGCUGUUGUUUCAUAGGACGUUACUCCAGACCUAAGAGAGAGUGGAUUUGGAGUUUGGAUUUUAGUGGACCUAGUUUAGCAAAACACGGAUUCAUGUCAGCUACCGUGCACGCUCACCCAGACAAUUACUUGAAUGAGAAGAUGGAAUAGUUCCGGGCUGCAUCAUCUUAGGGAGUCAGUGGUACUUCUGGCAAGAUCUGUCUUCCCUGGCUACUAUGGUUCGUGCACUAAUGCGGACCAUGUGGACUGCAGAUGAGAUUGCCCAGCUGUGUUAUGAGCACUAUAGGACCAGACUGCCCAAGCAGGGGAAGCCUGACCCCAACCGAGAGUGGACAUUACUAGCAGCCGUGGUGAAGAUACAGCCUGCAGCUGACCAGGCCCAUGGCAUCACUAAUAAACCGGCACAAGGAGACAUCCUCAAUGAUAGCCACGCUGAGGUCAUAGCCAGGAGGAGUUUCCAAAGGUACCUUCUCCAUCAGCUCCACUUGGCGGCCGCCCUGAAGGAGGAUAGCAUCUUUGUCCCUGGAACUCAGAGAGGGCUGUGGAAACUCAGGCCAGACCUCUCCUUUGUGUUUUUCUCCAGCCAUACACCCUGUGGGGAUGCCUCCAUCAUUCCAAUGCUCGAGUUUGAAGAUCAGCCCUGCUGUCCUGUCCGUAGAGACUGGGCCAGUAAGCCAUCAGAAGCCAGUGGUGACCUGGAAGCUCCUGAGGACACAGAGAGAUGUGAGGGCCUGGGUAGUCCUAUGACCAAAAAGAUGAGGCUUGAGCCCGGGACUCCUGACGGUGUAGCUCAACAUCAGAGUUUUGGCCAUCAGGAGAGUGGCCCAGUCACACCAGACGUCAGCGGCUCUCAUGUUACUGCACAGGAACAGGCCCCUGUCACCAGAACGGCCCCCGGUGGUGUCAAAGUGGUGGACGUUUAUAGAACCGGAGCCAAGUGUGUGCCCGGAGAAGCUGGAGACUCCGGACAGCCUGGUGCUGCGUAUCACCAGGUGGGGCUGCUCCGAGUGAAGCCCGGCCGGGGAGACCGGACUUGCUCCCUGUCCUGCAGUGACAAGCUGGCCCGGUGGAACGUCCUCGGAUGCCAGGGGGCGCUGUUGAUGCACCUUCUAGAAGAGCCCGUCUACCUAUCAGCUGUGGUGAUUGGGAGGUGCCCAUACAGCCAGGAGGCGAUGCACAGAGCUCUGACCUGGAGGUGUCGGAACGUCUCUGCGCUACCGAAAGGCUUUGGAGUUCAAGAAGUGAAAAUACAGCAGUCUGGUUUACUGUUUGAACAGAGCCGCAGCGCAGUGCAGGCAAGAAGGGCUGAUGGCUCGGGCCGACUUGCUCCUUGUGGUGCAGCCAUCAGCUGGAGCGCAGUUCCCGAGCAGCCGCUGGAUGUCACUGCCAAUGGCUUUCCGCAGGGAACAACGAAGAAAGCCAUCAGGUGCCUUCAGGCCAGAUCCCGGAUCAGCAAAGUGGAACUCUUUAGAUCAUUCCAGAAACUGCUAAGCAGUAUCUCGGAGGACAAGUGGCCGGACUCCCUCAGGCUGCGGAAGCUGGAGACGUACCACGAGUACAAGGAGGCCGCGUCUGCUUACCAGGAAGCCUGGAGUGCGCUCCGAAAGCAGGCCUUCGGAUCCUGGAUCCGAAACCCACCAGAUUAUCACCAGUUCAAAUAAGAAGGGCAAACUGCAACAAGCAUGUUGGUGGCAGAGUUUUCCGGCUCUUCACACUGGACCACUGCUUUCUUUUGUGCUGGACAAGAUGGAGCUUUUCUUGUGGCCGAGUCAGGCAAAAAAAGAUCUGCCAUCUACCAGAGUGACCUAUCACUUCAGACAGAACUCUGGAACAUGGAACAGUCUAUCCUUGACUGAAGUCGCUCUCUCUGCUGAAAUGGCAUCUAGCUGAUGACCUUGGCAUCUGUGCUGACUCAUGUGUGAUUGCUUCUCUAAAAUAAUGGAAUAAGAUCGUGGAACGUGAUGCUUUAAAAGGACUCUGUGGUUGCUCUGUUUUGGGUGCUCUUGCUUUGAUUUGGCAAGUGUUUAUGGGACUGAGAUGAUGUUCAGAUCUGCAAGUUUUAGUGCUUCCUUUGGUGUUGUGGACGGGUUUUCUCUACCCAGCCUUUCUUCCUGGGAGAACUACCCUUUCCUGCUCUACCCACAGCACUUGGUUGAAGCAGACCUUUCUCCCCAGCUGUGAGAGUGGGAGCCAGCCCGACAGUCCCGGAACUGCUGCGAGAGCUAGCAGGAAGAGUCUCUCUCUGCUGUAAAGGCCACAGAGUCGUGGGACCGCCUGUGGCUGCUUUUGCCACCACACAGCGAUGGGCAGCUUGAGAAUGAAGGCAGUCAAGAAGGAAAUCUGUUCCCGUGACCUUGUCUGUAUGCCACUGCUCACCUUGGACUCCCAAUCAUUUCUGCCUGAAAGCACGGGCCUAACUGCCUCAUUUUAUGGAGUUGCCGGUGCCAAGCAUUAGCUCACCGUCUGGGGAAACGAAGCUACUACGGAGAAAAUGAGCCGCCCUGGCUGCAGCACUCGCCUUGGAAGGGAAGCAGGCCCCAUCGGACUGGGUCGUGUCUGUGGCUGGUGGAGAGCUGCCUGCACCUGGGCCUCGGCUGCAUUUGUUGGCCUGGAAGCAGUGUUCUGAGCAAACCUUCACCCAACUUUUCCAGUUUCUAAAACCCAGUUUCCUUGCAGGCUAGUUAAGUGGCUGAGGACAGCAUUAGAUUUUCAACCAGCCCUGUCCUCUGGGGAUGCUAUGUGGAGAGGCCAGAUGAGCUGGGAGGAGGAGGCCCCGCACAGCAGGAAGGUGACCAAGACUAGGAAGUGGCUUCUCCAUUGAAAGAUGGCGGACAUGUGCUCGCUCGCAAGGGCUCGGCCAGUUCUCCCAGAUACAAAGCCAGUAUCCUGAAGGUUAGCUGAGGUGGGACACGGAAAGAGUCAAGAAAGCAGAUACGUUAAAGGAAACUUGACUUUCCAGAAAGAAGCAUUCUUUUUGUACCACAUGCUGAAGAAUCAUAGUUGGCCUUCAUCUCUCAUAAAACGUGAAUCCCUUUAAACCUAAAUGUGUCUGUACUGCGGUUAAGACGGACUUCCUGGAAGGCUGUCCAGAUGGAUCCAAAACAAAUCUUAAGUAGUACUUGUGGUCCAAAAAGGGGAGGAAAAUCUGCAGAGACAGACUCCUCGGCUGCAGGCAAGGUUGCAUACGUUCAGUUUUUAGUUCUUAAAACCCCAAAACUAACCAACAGGGAUAGGAAUCAAAGAAUGGUUGUUGCCUGGUGGGGGAAGAAGCAGGAUGGACAUUGAGUGGAAAAAGGCCUAAGGGGACUUCCUAGGAUUAUGGAAAUUUUGAUAGAAGUGUUGAUUACAUGGGUGUAAACAUUUGUCAAAAUUUAUUAAACUCUGCCCUGAAAAUCUGUGCAUUUUAUUCUACGCCAUUAUACCUCAACUUAAACAUGUAGAAACAAAUAAACCCUAGUCCUAUUA